AUGCAAUUCACUUCGCCAGAGCUGAACCAUAACAACCUCUUUGUUGAUCAAUUGCUCAAGCAUGAUCGACACACGGUCGGUAAAAGGACUUGCCAGAAGAGACUUUUUGAGGCCGAUGAAAACCAUGGUAUGACAUGUUCGAGCUAUUGUGUCUUUACCGAAUCAAGGUUGCAGUCGUUGGCCCGAGUUCUUGGUCAUGACAAGGUCGCGCAAAUGAUCGACGAGAUGCGGUCGAUGAUUACAGAGCGCCUCGAAAAUGCAACCAAGAUUUUCUGGAGUCCAGAGAAGAAUAUAUCCAGGGUUGUCUCCGCCUCGUCCUUGGAUCGCGACUUGCUGACAUGUGUAGCAUAUUUCCGCUAUGUACAUCCGGUACAUCCUUUUCUUGAUCAGGCAUCAUUUCUUGAAGAAGUCUCCAAACCUCAAUUCGAUCAGCUUUUGCGCAACCACCCUGAGUGGUCCGCCCUGUACAAUGCCGUUCUGGCGCUCGGCUGCCAAUACCACGGCAGAGGGGCCUUUUUCCCCGGGAAAGGUCUUGCAUGGCACUUUUUUAUGAAGGCGCGGGAGUGUUUCCCGAAAACCUUGGGCCCAAUGCCAACUCUGCUGCACGUGCAGGCCAUCUUCUCCCAGAAUAUGAGUUCCUUCCAAUUCAAAGAGGACCUUCUUUCAGAAGCUGCUAGGUUAUCGAGAUGUCUCCAACUGCACAAGUCAGACCGGAUCGAUGAGUCCAGAACUUUCUGGGUGAUCUACCAACUCGAGAAAUCUUGGUGUUUCCAAAACUCGAGGACCUCUCUUAUUGCGGAUUUUGAUAUUGAUUGUCUCGUGCCAACAACGCCGGAUUCUAUACGCAGCGAGCAUGACUGGUUUUUAAGUAGCGUACGACUGGCCAGGUUGUUAUCGGUCUGUUACGAAGAACUAUUUUCCGUCAAAGCAACGAUGUAUACUGUGGAACAGAAGCGAACCAAGAUUCAGAGUGUCUAUAAGACACUUCAUACCUGGAAAGAAAGCAUUCCUGCUGAAUGCAGACCGGGCAACAUUGUUGGCAUCCCAGACGGGCAGGGUCCACAGUCCCGUGCCGUCUUGGUUCAUCUCCACUUUUCUUACUACGACGUCGUCAUCGCACUGGCAAGACUGGCAAUCCAUUGUGGAAUCGAUGGGGAUUUGUCGGAUUUCGGCACUGGCGAAGUCAUGCUUAGGAGUGCUGCGAGAGCAAUCUUGGAGCUUACAAGUUUGGUUGAUCUCAAGGCGUAUACUUCCCUUUGGGCACUGACUACUAUGCCUCUCGCUGCCAUGUUAAUUCUGUUUGACCUUGUUAUCCAAGACCCUACUAGUCCGGACGCCAAAACGAAUCUUCUCUUCCUAGAAAUGGCAUCUGGAUACUUUAGCCGCCUCGAGCAUGUGACCGACGCAGCGAUGCAGACCUCUCGACUUUCCGAAUUUACUUACAUAGCGAGAGAGUAUCAUCGGAACGAGAUGCUCAAACUCCAAACAGAACAAAGCGAUCCAUCUGCGUUCCCCGGGCAACAGACUGUUUCCUUACUCUUUGGGCAGUCGACCAUAAGCAGGGCCGAUCUCUUGGAGUCAAACACCAACGACACUCUGCCCUCGGGUCCUGGCACUGCUGAAACUAGAUUACCACAAGGAUUGCAAGCCCGUACUGCAGGGGAUCCCGGCACAGUCGAAGACUCUAUGCCUACUGCAGAAUUUGGCGGUCCUAUCUCUCACCUGCCAAUGGGUACCGGCCAAUUUAGUUUUGAAGACUUGUUCAAUACAGUCAUCUUGCCCUUUGAGAAUCAACAGACAUGGUGA